UUUAAAACAUAAAUUGAUGUGUACAAGAAAGUUGACUGCUUCUGGUCAGACAAGGACAGAAUGCUGGCUGCGACAACAAGAUGGAUAUAAUCUUUCUCAAAAGGCUCUCUUUGUCCAUGUGUGCAGGCGCAAGUCGGCCCGUGGAUGGUUAAACUAACCUUGUGAAAUGUGAAGCUACCGAUGGUUACAAUAGACAGCAACCUACUGUACGAUGUACUACUUGUUAGCUUCACAUGGAAUGGAUGGAUGACAGUGACAUACCCACUCCAAAUCCAAUAUAUUUUCACUGCACCAUCAGAAAUCAGCGUGCACUCCACUAUGUCUGCCACACCGGAGGAGUUGUUGGGCAUCGCCGAACCAGCACCACUGUCCCCCUCCGCCUUCCUCGACCUUCCUCCGACUCCGACGACCCAUGUUGACUCACAGCAGUCGCACAACAACCUGACCCUGGAAUACAUUUCGCGCAUGCUCACGGAGGAGGGCAUCGUCGACAAGUUCUUCUACCAGUACCCUGACCACCCCAAGCUCCUGCAGGCUCAGCAGCCCUUCGCCGAGAUCCUUGCCGACACCUCAUCCGAUGCCCACGAGUCCUUUGCCUCGUCCACCUCCAUUUUGAUGCCCAGCCAAGGCAACAGCACGGACAUCAUGGUUUCCGGGUCCCAGGUACAAUAUCCAGCCUUCUUCUUGAACGGCACCGGCGCAUGCACGGUGGUGCCCAGUAGUAUGGUGUUUCCCAUUCCCGGAGAGAGCAGCACCAGGACGGACAUGCUGUCGAACAUGGCUUUCUUCAAAGGCAUGGAGGAAGCUAACAGGUUCUUGCCCGCAGACAAUGCGAUGGUGGAUGGCAGGGGGCGCAAGAAGAGGUCUGGCUUUGGCAUGGAUGGUGAGACGGAGGCGGGCUUAUGGAGGAGCAGCAAGCAGAUAACGGCGCUGCCGCAUAGUGUCUCGGAUUCGGAGGAAGAGGACGAAGCCACUGCGCUGGAGAUGCUGGACCGGCUCGUCCUCAACGGCUACGACACGUACCCGGGCGAGAUCCAGGAGGCGGUACGGGUACGCGUCACCUCGGAGGAGGAGAAGGAGAACAAGGCAACACUCGGUAGGCGUGGGACUGGGAGGCGCCGGGCGAGGCACACGGUGGUGACUGACCUAGAGACUCUGCUGAUCCGCUGCGCUGAAGCAGUGUCCAGCAACGACGUGCGUGGCGCGAGCAAGUUGCUGGAACGGAUCAAGUGGCACUCCUCGCCGACGGGAGACGCUAGGCAGCGGCUGUCACACUACUUCGCACAGGGGCUGGAGGCAAGGCUGGCUGGCACGGGGAGCCGGCUGUACCGAGCGCUCAUGGGGAAGCGCACCUCAACCGUGGAGCUCAUCAAGGCCUUCCAUCUGCACAUGGCCGUGUGCUGCUCGAUAAAGGUGGGUUUGCUCUUUGCCAUCAACACCAUCUACAAGGCCGUCGCAGGGAGGAGGACACUGCACAUUGUGCACUACGGCAUCACCACCGGAUUCCAGUGGCCGGAUUUGCUCCGGUUGCUGGCCAACAGGGAGGGCGGGCCACCCGAAGUGAGGAUCACCGGCAUUAACACCCCUCGGCCUGGGCUCCGGCCGGCUCAACUAAUGGACGAGGCGGGGUACCGGCUCAGCAACUAUGCUAGGCAGUUCGGCGUGCCAUUCAAGUUCCGCGCCAUCGCAUCCAAGCUGGAGGAUGUCCGGGUUGAGGACCUGCACAUCGACCCAGACGAGGUGCUGGUGGUGAACAGCCUGUUCGAGUUCAGGACCUUGAUGGACGAGAGCCUAACCUUUGACAUGGUGAGCCCGAGGGACAUGGUGCUCAACAAUAUCAGCAAGAUGAAGCCGACUGUGUUCGUCCAGUCCCUCGUCAAUGGACCAUACAGUGCGGCCUUCUUCAUGACGCGGUUCCGCCAUGCCUUGUACUACUUCACGGCCUUGUUCGAUGUGAUGGAGACCACCGUUCCAUGGGACAAUGACAAGAGACUCCUGGUGGAGCGGGACAUACUUGCACGCUCCGCCAUUAACAUGAUCGCCUGUGAAGGUGCGGACCGGGUGGAGCGCCCUCAGAACUACAAGGAGUGGCAGGCGCGGAACCAGCGAGCGGGGCUAAGGCAGCUGCCAUUGGACCCUGAUGUUGUUGUGAUGCUAAAGGACGAAGUGAAGAGUCGGUACCACAAGCAUUUCAUGAUCAGCGAGGACCACCGCUGGCUUCUGCAAGGGUGGAAAGGCCGGGUGCUCUAUGCUCACUCCACAUGGGCAGCUCAUAAUGCUACUGCUUCUCAAGUGAUAGACUGAAGUACCAGAGUACAUGCAACUUUCAUCAGUGUUUGAUGGUCUGUUGGCCAGUACCAGAUGCGUGUUUGCUCCUCUUUUGUAUCUGUAACUUACUAGUAACAGAAACGAUCUUCCGGUUGUCGAGUGGCACAUGUUUGUUCAAAGCUGA